AUGCUCAACAUUGGCCGAAAGACAAUAUACACAUGUAUAUUGGCAUUGAUACAAAUUUCAGGCAUUGCGUUGUUCUGCAAAGGCUUCUUUCCAUACAAGAUUUAUCUAUCUGGAUACGCUGCUGAAGGUGAUCAAUUCAGCUUGCAUAAGCAAACACAAGAGCCAGAAUUUGACAGGCUUGUAUUUGUGCUUAUCGAUGCCCUGAGAAAUGAUUUCCUGAUUGGAAAAGAUUCUGGGUUCCAGUUUGUGAAUAGCCAUAUCGAGCAAGGCACAGCAUAUCCAUUUACAGCCAAAGCAACAGCACCUACUGUCACAUUGCCUCGCAUUAAAGCAUUGACCACAGGCACGAUUCCCAGCUUCUUGGAUGCCAUCUUGAACAUUGCAGAAUCAGAUACCACUUCUUCGCUCGAGAAUCAUGAUAAUUGGGUCUACCAGUUUAAGCAGCAAAACAAGACGAUCCAUUUUUUUGGCGACGAUACAUGGAUGCGGCUCUUCCCUAGCAUAUUUGACAAAACAGAUGGCACCACAUCGUUUUUUGUGUCUGAUACCACCGAGGUGGAUCUCAAUGUCACUCGACACAUCAAGACAGAUCUUGUGGAGCCAGAUUGGGAUGCUGUGAUAUUUCACUAUCUGGGAUUGGAUCACAUUGGUCAUUUAGGUGGGCCUCAAAGUCCAUUGAUGAAGCCUAAGCAAAUGGAGAUGGAUCAGGCAAUUGAGUCUAUCUACACGAUUGUGGCAGAACAAGAUGCCAAACGCAUGCAAGAGCAGAGCAAUGCAAAGGGAACAUUGAUGGUAGUGUGUGGAGAUCACGGAAUGAAUGAAAAGGGCAACCAUGGUGGAUCCUCUGUUGGGGAAACCUCGGCAGGGCUUGUUUUCAUGAGUCCAAGGUUUGAAUCGAGACCCACCAAGAAGCAGCAGCAGCAACCGCUUUCAACACUGUUAGCGCAUCGACAGCAUGUUCUCGAAUUUCCAGUGAUUGAUCAGAUUGACAUUGUGCCCACAUUAGCAACGCUAUUUUCAUUUCCUAUCCCAAAGAACAAUCUCGGAAAGGUGAUUUUAGAUUUAUAUGCUUCCAAGCAAGAUUUCACAAGCAUUCUCAACAGCGUGCUGCUGAAUGCAUCUCAGUUAGGACAGUUGUUAUCAAAAAUAGCACCAGAGAUCACUGGCUAUUUGGACGCACCAUCUGCUCAUGUCAAUGAUGCAACUCUAGUGUUUGGACAAUCAUAUGCCCGGGCCUUAUCGUUACAUCAAGAGUAUCUCAUCUCCAAAGAUGCAGCUGCGGCCAAACAAGCGAUAGAGCUCUAUUACCAUUUUAUAGAAGCUACACAAGCACAGCUAUCCAAUACAGCCAGUGAUUACAACAUUCAAUUCAUGGUGGCAGGUGUUGUGUUGAUAAGCUGUAGCACGAUCGGGCUCAUCUGUUUAUCGCUCUUGUUUAAGCAACAAACACAUUCCGUUGGUAUUUGGAGCUUCAGUCAAUAUUUCAGCGUGCUUGGCUUGAUCUUGUAUGCGGCGAGCAUGUUUGCAAGCAGCUUUGUCGAGGAAGAGCAUUAUACGUGGUAUUAUCUAGUACAGACGCUGACAUUACUAUCGGCUAUAUCCAGCUUCCGUAUUCCGGUCCUUACAGUUGACCAAAUGCUAUACCCAAUUAGUCUAUGUUUUGCGCAGAUGCUCCUUGUGCGCACAGCAAUCGCUUGGAACCACAACCAGCUUUCUGAUUUGAUACUAUCCUACACUGGAGUACAGUGGCAUUUGAUGGGUCUUACUUUAUUCACAACGGUGAUAUUCGGGAUCAACACCUUGUACAAGCUUUCUAGUCAGUCCAGCGUGAUAGACGUCAAUUCUACAUCCAAAAUCAUCCAAAACCUUGUUCGAUCCGCUAUGCUGAUCAUUGUUGUACUUGUGUCAUUGCUAGUCUUUGUUUAUAAACUGAAAACAGCAACAGCCGAUACCAUCGAUGAGGUGCCUGUAAUGUAUGCAAGCUUACUAAGUUGGGAGCUAGUUCAGCCUCUGGAUCAAGUUGCUCUUGGAAAGCUGAUUUACAAUUAUGGAGGAGCAGGUUUGUUUGUUUUGGGCGGAUUGUUCUAUGUAACAAAGAGAGCCCAUUUAUUGGAGUUGGUUCAAGACAUUGAUGAACAAGACGAGCAACAUGACAACAACGACGACCAAGAAGCACUCCAAACACAAGCACUCCAGCAAGCACAUGAGCGAAGCAUGAUCCUAGUAGAUAAUAAGCGAACACUGAUACUCCAAAUGCUGUUGUGCCUGAUUACGCCGCUUUUGAUCUUACUGACUAGACCAGAAAAUGCUUUCCUAUUCGUGCUCUUUCAUGUGCAAUUUGAGCUACUGACAAGAUCCUAUGCCUAUCUGCAGGAUAGCUGCAAGCAUUCUGUGCCUACAUGGCUGAUUGGCGUACUUGUCGCGUGUUUGAGUCAUGCCUCCUUCUUUUUGACAGGACACAGCAAUUCCAUUGCAUCUGUAGACCUGAGCAAUGCUUAUGUUGGUGUUGAAGAAUAUGAUACAAUCCUUAUCGGCCUACUGACGUUUUGCUCAAAUUGGUCUGGAAGCAUCUGGUGGUCAGUCGCUGGUUGGACAUUCAUCUCAUCGCAUGAAAACAAGUGGUUCUCUUACAUGCUGACACAUGCUAUACUAUUCAGCGUUGUCAUGACAACGCUGUCCAUCUCGGUCACUGUUCUCAGGGAGCAUCUGUUCAUUUGGACCGUGUUCUCUCCAAAAUAUCUCUAUCAGAUUGCCUGGAAUGUGCUCUUUCAUUGGAUACUACAGGUGUGUAUUGGUAGUAUCAUUACACAAAUAGUCUUUUGUGUACAAAGAGCAAACUAA